CCCUUCCCCGUACUGUCUCUGUCAAGACUCUGACUCUCAUUUGACCAGAGAAACCAUGACCAUGAUCGACGCCCUCCGUCGUUUCUUCCUCCCUUGCUUCACCCCCACCACCACCGCCGCUACCACCAGGCCUGCCACCUCCGCCGACGCCACCAACAAAGUCACUCCCACCAAGAAACGUCUCAGCGCCUCCCUGAGAGAUGACCUGGACGACCAGGGGACCCAUGCCAGAGAGGCAGAACCUCAGAACCAAGAAAAUGAUUCCCAAGAAUCCACCUCCACUACCGACGAAAUCAUGUUCUCAAUGGCACCCCCGCGCCCCUCCAAGUCUAUGGUGAUCGGCACCAUCUUCGGCCACCGCAAAGGCCACGUCUGGUUCUGCAUCCAACACGACCGCCUCUCCUCUAAACCCUCUCUCCUCCUCGAACUCUCCAUCCACACACACCAGCUCGUCCAAGAAAUGCGCUGCGACCUUGUCCGUAUCGUCCUCGAGUGCGACCGUUCCGAACUCUGUUCUUGUCCACUACGAUUGGUCCCUGUUUUUACCCUGUUCUGCAAUGGCCGCAAAAUUGGGUUCGCCUGGAGAAGAAAGACAGGCGAUCAAAUCGGUCCCCUCCUAAAGACAAUGCAAUCCAUAAACGUGGGUGCCGGAGUAAUCCCAGCCGGUUUCAGGUCGUCGGAUUCAGAGGAGAUCAUGUACAUGAGAGCUAAUUAUGAGCAUGUUGUGGGUAGCGCUGAUUCAGAAUCGUUUCACCUCAUAAACCCGGACGAAUGCCCUGGUCAAGAACUCAGUGUGUUCUUGAUAAGAUCAAGUUGAAAAGAAUCGAAGAACAGAUCAAUUUUCUCUUGUUCAUUAUACCCAGAAAUCAAAUUCUGUUUUUCUGGGUUUUGGGGAAGGGGGAUAUUUUCAUCACUUGUAAAUUUAUUGAAAUUUUAGGCAUUUUUUUUUUUUUUUCAUUCUUUCUAGGAUUUUACAUUUUCAUUUUCUUUCCCUGGAAAGUGAUGGAAAACAGGGAGCAUGGUCCAAGGAUAUGUUUCAACGGAUUUUUGUCUUUGUAGUUGGGAUCACAUUUAUGUUGUCCCGGAGUUUAACAAUGGCAAUUGGGACCGCAAUAGAAUUCUUCCAUUGUU